CGGUAAUUUAUCAUUCCAAAUUGCGCACUGUGCCGUACAAGAAAGGCAUUCGCAUCGUGGACAAAACUGUUGGAAGGGGUCUAUCUUCAUACCAGAAAGAGGUACUAUGACAUGGCUUGUGCCUGCCACCUAACUUUACUAGUACACAUACUUUCCUAACAUUGGAAAUCCUCCAACUCUCAAUCAGUACACUUUUACCUCAACAGGUUAUGAGCCCGGCGCACACCGCUGCCUAAUCAUUUACCCCACCUCAACAAAAACCAUCUUUAAUAGCACAAACGUGCCAAUGAAGCAGCGCUUCCAUUUCGAGUAGCAAUAACGGUGUAACUGGCCUUCAGCAUCAGAUAGAGCUCGUAACCCCACAUUACAGAGUGUGAGCACGAUCCUACUCAACCACCAUGCCUUCACCACCACAGGUCCGCCAAGACCUGGCCACCCUCUUCACCACCCUCGAAGAAAGCUUCACCAGAACCAACCUCGGCGGCAAACGAUGGUACCUCAUCGUCCUAGCCGCCCUAGUCGGCGGCACCGAGCCCGAGUUUACAGACCAACUGUAUCUCCAUAUCAUCAGCCAACCCUCUUACCAGUCAUCGGAAGCACGGCAAGCACUAGUCCGGCGCCUACGCGAAGCUCUCGUGAAGCUCGUAUCCAUCGUCGGCGUCUGCAAACCCCUCGAGGCCAUCCUAGCAAUCAGCAAAGUCGAGCGCCCUGAGAAUCGCGACUAUACUUCUACGCGCCAAGACUGGGCCGCGGACUCUGCGAAUCACCAAAGAGGUGCUAACUGGCUCAAGAAGAUCUACGCAGGUAACACGGAAGACACACUCGCUCUCUUCGACGCUCACAAGGACUUCCGUUGGAUAUCUGAGGAGAUCACCUACGGCCUCUACUUGUCCGAUCGACAAGUGCUGGAUGAUUGGGAUACAGAAGUCAUCGUGCUUGCGGGGAUCAUGAUCCAGAAUCUGAAGUUGGAGACGAAGUGGCAUAUCAGGGGCGCACUGAGGGUGGGCAUAAGUAAGGAGGAUGUCGAAGCUUUGAUGCAGUGUGUGAGGAAGGUGGCGGAAUUCACUGAUGUGAAGCUGAACAGGAUACCAAAUGUGGAAGAGGUUGAGGGCGAAGUCUGAUCGCUGCCGUGAGUACGGACGUUUCGGGUAUCCAGAUAUGUUCUCCUCUUUCGUAUGAGCUCUAUCGCCAAUCCAAGUGGCUGCCUUGCUCUUCUGAUGAGCAUUCGCUUAGGAUAUCGUAUGUGGACCCCAGUCGGGAUGCGGGUCUGCACAUCCUCAGCCUUGUAUCAAUCUUUUCUCACAGCCUGCGAUCAGCGCCAGUAUUUGCCUCUACAUUUCUUUGCAAUGGUACUAUCGGACAUUGGACUCGACAACAUGCGCAAACAGGAA